AUGACCAGCAAUGGCCUGCGCACCCAGUACCCCUACGUUGGGGACACACUCAGUCCUCGCGCCCUUUAUGACUUCCCUUCACCGACUUCAAACUACCAGUCUGGCAUCAAUGGUACCGCUUCGCCCAGCUUCUUCCCCAUGGCAUAUCAGAUUUCCCCACGAUUCGGUGCCAGUGCCUUUAUACCGCCCCCAGAAGUCUUCGUAGACGGCCGCCGGGAGACGAUCCGCGAGAAUGGCAUGUACACGCCCCGCAACUCUGGCAAGCGAAGCUCCGACGCACUGAAUACCGACCCAGUGGCUAUGCAUUUGCUCGUUGAGACGGCAAUUGGAGACAGCCAGUAUUUCGACAUACUCACCGUCGAGGAGGUCGAGGCGCUGAAGCAGGAGCAGAAGGGCCUGGACACACGACUGGGCACUGUCAGGCGGAAGCUCGAGUCCGAGACGAAGAUCCGCGAUGCGACGCGCUCACUGGGACGAUUGGCCUCGAAGAAAGCCGGACAUAGGCGCGGUCAGAGCAGCAAGAGUAGUAAAGGCAGCAAGGGCAGCAAUGCCGUGCAGGAGUAUGACCCCAAGGAACAGGAGGGGCUUGAAUCAAGCAACAGGAAGGUUGAGGAGUUCAUACGAGAGUGCUUGGAGAUUGAGUCUCGCAUGCGAAUGAUCGAUAUGCAGCUGCUGAUGCACACUGCCGCUGUGCUUCAGCUGACACACAAGGGCCCCAAGCAGCGUCAAGAUGAGUCCGAGCUAUCAGAGGACCGCUUCCGGAGACCAGACAGCCCCGCGAGCCUGAACACGUACGAAGACGGCAGACUUGGUGCUCGUGGCGGUGACUUUGACGAGCGGAGCUUUUACAGGUCACCGGAGAAUCUUGAUACCCUCAUGAAUGUGCUACAAAGCGGUAAACACCUCCAGGCGGCCUCUUCGGAGCGUGAUAACCAAGCCCUGAACGCGACUGCCACGCGACUCCAAGAGAUCAACGAGCGUCUGAGAACACUCAUCAUUGAGGCUAAUCCUGAGCGCGACGAGGACUACUCACUACCGCCACUGGCUCUUGAAGGAACACAGGAUGCAACAACCCUAGAUCGCCAGCUCGAUUUCCUCGACCAAGGCCUUCGCAGUAUCAGCGCUGAACAGACAAACCUCCGCAAUAACUCAAGGCAUACUCUGAACGAGGUUGAGGGCCGUCUUGAGGGCCUCAACAACCAAUUGUACGCCGUGAUAUCUCGAUCCGACAAUGGGCAGGCCGACAAGACCCCACCGCCACCCGCCAUCACGGGUGGUGGCUCAACCGAGCAGCUCAACUACAUGGAGGACUCGUUCUACAACCUCGAGCAGAUUCAGUAUGCGAUGAACGAACAGAUCAAUGAGCUUUGCUCCAGGGCUCCCGUCGCUGUCAGUGAUGAUUCAGAAAGCGCGGACAAGGCAGAGAAGUACGAAACCACCAUCAUGGGCCUCUGGCAAAUCAUCCUGGCUGGUGAAGAGGAAGCACGCGAACGGAAGCGUGAACGACGCCGACUACUUUCCGAAGACCCUGACGCUGAUGAACAACUCUCGCCGGACGAGGACUACAACGCCAAUGAGACGUACUCGCUCCCCGCAUUCUCUUCCAAGGUGCAGUGGCUUUUCAGACAAGCAAACAGCCUCAAAGACAAGCAAUCAGUCCUCAUGCGCCAGAUCAAGCAGCAGCGUGAGCUGAACAGCAAGUCUGACGCGCAGAAAGAGGCAGAUUUCGAGCGACUCAACACCCAAGUCCUCAGCGCAAGGUCCGAGAAGAAGUCCAUGGAGGGCGAGCUUGAGCGUGCGAUGGAACAACUACAGCAGUUCGAUGAGCAGAAGAUCCAGACUGACUCGCAGAUCUUGCGCGAGACACAGGAGCGAAAUGCAGGUCUGGAGGCUCAGCUUAUCAAUGUACAAGAGCGGGUGAUGGCAUUCGAGUCCGAGCUAAAGGACGCCAAGCAACGUGCUAUCGCAUACGAGAACCAGCUCAAAGACGUGCAAGAGCAGGCUGUAAACUUCCAGAGCAAGAUGCAAGAGGCUGAGAAGCGCGCUGCCACAUACGAGGAAGAGCUGAAGGAUCACCAAGAGCGCACCAGUACGUACAACAUCUCGUCGCGAGAGGCGGAGGAGCGUACUGCUGGCUACGAAGCUCAGGUCCGGGAUGCGCAGGAACGGGCUCUUAAGCUAGAGAGGGAAUUGAGAGACGCUCAAGACAACGCUCGUGGUGAAGCCACAGCGAUCCAAGCCGAACUUACCACUUCUGCGGAGAAGAUCAAAGAGGCCACAGCUGCCCUCCAGGCGGUAACGGCCGAGAAAGAGGCAGCAGAGGCCCGCUCUUUGGACGCCACCAACACUCUGAACGCAAAGGAAGAAGAGUUCCGCAGCCUCGAGGGCGAGAUCGUUCGUCUCACAACCGAGCUUACCUUCGCCAAAGCCGAGCUUGAUGGCGCCUACGGCACUCGCGCGCAACGUGCUGCCGACUCUGCCGCGAACCCCGCUGUCCAGAGACAGCUGGAUGAGCUUACCGAGCAGAACCAAGCGCUGCUGGGCGAAUUGGAAGCGCUUCGCAAGGUCCAAGAUGUUGCUUCGCAAUCCGAAGCCGAGGCGCGCCAAUCCGAGCGCAAUCUCAAGGCCGAACUCUCAGGUAUGGCUGCCGAGUAUGAAGCCCUCACUCGUGAUGCCAUCCAGAAUGAGAAGGACCGCGAAGUCCUCGAAUCGCAGAUCGACAAGCUCCGCGAUGAGAAGGAAGCUCUGGAGCGAGAGCUCAGUGACGAGAAGGUCAAAUGGCUUGGCGUUAGGAGCCCAGGCAUGCCAAAUGGCGCUGCUGCACAACUCGACAUGGGCGCGACUAGUAUUCGCAUGUUGAGAGAAGACUUUAGGAAGAUGAUGCGGGAUCGAACAGCGGAGGGCUUGAAGGCGCUGAGGGCGGAACAAGAAGAACGACGGAAGCUCGAAGCAGUCGUUCGCCAACUACGCAAAGACGCAAUGCCGCAAAGAUCCAAUCUCUCAAGGACCAUGACGACACCGCAAUAA